GGGAGACAGGAGAGAACAGCAGCAGCAGCAGGAGAAGAAGAAGCAGCGGCAGCAGUGAGAAGAAGAACAUCCUCAGUUUGUGGAUUAACCUUUAAAAAAAACGUAAUUCGUGAAGAAUCGAUCAGGGUCGCAGGAUUCGGAUCUGCUCGGUUCGACUCUAGUUAGUUUGUUUUUGGGAGGAGGAGGAAGAGGAGGAGGAAGGUGUGUGUGUGUGUGUUGUUGUUUUUUUUUAUUCUGUGGUGGCUGAGGUCACACAUCACCGAGGUUAUGGUCUGUCCGGAGCCGCGCCGAUGCGUCGCUGCCCACGGUCCUGAGUGAGACGGAUCCGGGAGACCACGGAGCCUCAAACAAGCCGUGAGGUGAAGCGCUCACAAGCCAUGGAGCUGAGGGUGGGGAACAAGUACCGCCUCGGGAGGAAGAUAGGGAGCGGAUCCUUUGGAGAUAUUUAUCUCGGUUCUAACAUUGCUACUGGGGAGGAAGUGGCCAUUAAACUGGAAUGUGUGAAGACCAAACACCCACAGCUCCACAUCGAGAGCAAGUUCUACAAGAUGAUGCAGGGCGGAGUGGGAAUCCCGUCUAUAAAGUGGUGCGGAGCCGAGGGCGACUACAACGUCAUGGUAAUGGAGCUGCUCGGCCCCAGUCUGGAGGAUCUGUUCAACUUCUGCUCCCGCAAGUUCAGCCUGAAGACGGUUCUGCUGCUCGCUGACCAGAUGAUCAGCAGGAUCGAAUACAUCCACUCCAAGAACUUCAUCCACCGAGACGUGAAGCCCGACAACUUUCUCAUGGGGCUCGGCAAGAAGGGCAACCUCGUCUACAUCAUCGACUUCGGCCUCGCCAAGAAAUACCGCGACGCCCGGACGCACCAGCACAUACCGUACCGCGAGAACAAGAACCUCACCGGCACCGCCCGCUACGCCUCCAUCAACACUCACCUGGGCAUCGAGCAGUCGAGGCGAGACGACCUGGAGUCCCUCGGCUACGUUCUCAUGUACUUCAACCUGGGCUCGCUUCCCUGGCAGGGGCUGAAGGCUGCCACCAAGAGGCAGAAGUAUGAGCGCAUCAGUGAGAAGAAAAUGUCCACCCCGAUUGAGGUGCUCUGUAAAGGAUAUCCCUCCGAGUUCUCCACUUACCUGAAUCUGUGUCGCUCCCUGCGAUUUGACGACAAGCCGGACUACUCUUACCUGAGGCAGCUCUUCAGGAACCUCUUCCACCGACAGGGCUUCUCCUACGACUACGUCUUUGACUGGAACAUGCUGAAAUUUGGAGCCAGCAGGACAGCAGAGGAUGGAGAGAGGGAACGGAGGGAGGGAAAGGAUGGGGAGGAGCGAGCGGGAGGAGGCCAAAGAGGAGCCGGUGGUCGAGCUGUGCCGUCUGGUCCAAACCCUUCAGCGGCCAACAGGGUCAGGAAUGAGGCAGAAGCUGCUGCGUCCUCCAACCCGGCUACACGUGGUGUCCAGCAGUCAGGUAACCGCUCACCACAGGCGGGCAGAGCCGAACGAGCCGAAAGAGAGAGGAAGGUGGCCAUGAGGCUUCAUCGUGGAGCCCCCGCCAACGUCUCCUCCUCUGACCUCACGGCACGCCUUGACCAAUCCCGCAUCACGGCAUCACAGGUCAGUGUGCCGUUUGAACAUCUGGCAAAGUGAGGUCGUCCUGGCUGACCUGCAGGUCAGCAGCAGCUGCAGGGUAUCACAUACCGCUCACUUUUCAAAUGGAUGAAUGAAAACAUGAAUGAGUGGCAGAGGAGGAGGAGGAGGAGGAGGAGGAGGCGUCACGGGACGGUGGCGUCCGUGUGUCUGUCAGUGCUGUGUGAGCGUUCUCUGUAUUGAAGGAAAACACUGAAGUCAUGGAAAGAGAGAGAGAAAAACUAGACUCUUGACUGGAGCUGCUUUUUCAGGGCGUGGCCAGAGGAGGAAGGGGCAGGUGAAAUGCCACACAGACCGCGCCCCUUCUUUUUCGUUCGCGCCAUCGACUCAGACGCUCAACUUGCAAAAAAAAAAGUGCACAAAAUGGACUAAACAUCAGUUACUCUGUGGUUUACACCUGUGUUUAAAUAAAAACAACGACAACAACUGUCAACCCUGCUAAUGUUUGAGAGCUACAUCUGCUGCUUACGGUGUUCUUGAUUAUAAAUAAACAUAUAUAUAUAUAUAUGUAUACAUACAUAUAUAUAGACGACACAGUGGACCUGGGAGAAGGAGAUGACAGAGAGGAAGUGCAGUGAAUGUGAAGCAGAGCUGCUUUUUUCUUUUCUUUUUUGGUCUGUAAACAUCCGUGUCUGUCUCUGUCUGUGUAUAUUCUCGUCUUAGAUAUUGGUUUCACCUUCAGCUUUGCUUUUUUCGGGAGUCAGAGGAGAGAGAGAGAGAGGUGGGACUGUGUGACUGCAGAUCAAAUUUGAAAAGAAAAAAAAACAAAAACAAAACAACAGUCAUCUGUCCCAGAUGUGAGGACCUUUCAGUUCAAAGUUGACGUGGAAUAAGAGGAAAUAAGACUGAUUUGAGCUGGGGGGGACACAAUGAAGGGAGAGCCAUAUGGAUUGUACGAUAUGAUGAAGCCUUAGUCCAGCUCGUAACUCCAGAUAUGAGACGACUUGAGAGUGUUAAACGAUCUCAGUGUUGGUGUUAUUUUGUUCUUCAGGUUUGUUUCUGUUUGUUGGACAUAUCUUGUAAAAAUGUGUAGAUACCUUUUUGGCCAGACAGAUUGUUUAAUGACGUGAGAGAAAAAAAGAGUACUGUUUACCUCCUGAGAACUCUGGUUGUGAAUACGUGAAAUAAAUAAAUAAAUAAAUAACCUUUAGAGCCUGCCACGUGUGUGUAUGUGUGUGUGUGUGUGCAGGCAAUGACUGAAAGGUUCUUGUUAAUAGUUUGAAGGGGGUUUUGAACCCACAGUAGACUUCUCAGGACGGAUGGAAGGAGCUGACUGAUGUCCUGUACAUUUCUCGACCAUGCUUCACCUUUACUACUAUGAUAUUUGUGUAUAUUUUAUGAAUCAAUAAAAAAAGGUAUACACAGCUUA